GUGUCGCUGCGCCGGGGCCCCUUUGGGCCGUACGUGCAGCUCGGCGGCAGCGCGGCGGCCGCCGCCGAGAAGACGGCGUUGCCAGACGUGGCCAAGCUCAAGGCGCGCGGGAUGCCAUCCUCGGGGCGAAAGGCGGAGCUGGUGCCGCGCCUCCUCGAGGCGCCCGACUUGCGCGAGAGGGCGGUGGACCUCGAGACGGCGCUGCGGCUGCUCUCGCUCCCCGCGUAUUUGGGCGACCACCCGCGGCGGGGCGGCGCGAUGCGGGUCGGGUACGGCCGCUUCGGAGGGUACGUUCGCCUCGACGGAGACGGGGCCAAGGACGAGCCCGUCUUCGCCUCCCUCCCACGCAACCUCACCGUCUUCAACAAAAAGGAGUAA